GAUAUCAAGUCGACCAUGAGCGCGGUGAAGGCUGCACACGACGGCAGGGCGGAGAGCGGCAGAGAGAGCCGCCCCGACGGCGGCGGGGGCUCCCCGAGGCUCCAGCAGUGCGCGCAGCCUCCCAGCAGCAGCAGCCGGACCAGGGACGGCAGAUACCAGCAGCAGCUCCUCCAGCAGAGGCAUCAUGGUGGGUCCAUGCUCAAACAGCCUUCCCACAACGAGCCGGCGGACGUCGUGAGGCGCGCGCUGGACUUUAAGAGCCAAGGCACGCAGUGCUACAAGGAUAAGAAGUACCGGGAGGCGAUCGGUAAGUACCACCGCGCCUUGCUGGAGAUCAAGGGUCUGUGCAGGGUGCUGGGGGACCCGGACACCAGCUCCAAGUCCCCGUCGUCCCUGCUGCCGACCAUCAGCAAGUCCAGCACGCUGACGGAUGAGCAGAAGGGCGCGAUGGAGAACGCGGAGCUGGAGUGUUACAACAGCCUGGCUGCUUGCCUUUUGCAAAUGGAGCUGGUGAACUAUGAGCGCGUCAAGGAAUACUGUCUGAAAGUGCUUCUCAAGGAGGGAAAGAACUUCAAAGCUCUGUACCGAUCCGGGGUGGCAUAUUACCAUCUAGGAGACUUCCAGAAGGCCCUGUACUACCUGAAGGAGUCGCACAAGCAGGAGCCAUCAGACACCAACGUGAUCCGUUACAUCCAGCUGACAGAGAUGAAGAUUCGCCGGAACGCCCAAAGGGAAAAGAAAGAAGCCACAUAAAGCUCUGUCCGUGUGGCAACUCGCCGCCCCCCCACCCUCCCGCCAUAACCCCCCCACCCCCCUCGCUGUGUGCCGCCCGGACCCUCCCUCCGCGCUUCCAGUCGGACGUCUGGGCGUCGACAGAUGUCUGUUUGCUUCGCACAGCAUCUGGUCGCCAGUUUUGUGAUUGAACUUCACUAUCGUGUGCUUGAAGUGAUUUUAUUUGUUGGAAAUCAAAC